AUGACUGUUGCCAAUGCUUUUCUUACUGAUUUUCUAUCUAUCUAUCUAUCUAUCUAUCUAUCUAUCUAUCUAUCUAUCUAUCUAUCUAUCUAUCUUCCCACAAUACUUCACAAGGUUGUCCUCAGAUACAUCCACAAAAUGAAAUACGACAAGAAAGGUGACGUUGUUCGAGACGAAAUAUACGACGCCAAAGAGGAGAUAAUAAGCAAUGUAGUGAAUGUUUACAACAAGCUUAACUCCAGGAUGGAUGAAAUUGAGUCUAAUCUGAUGGGGAUUGAGGCAAAGAUAGCAUCGGGAAAUAUGUACUCCACAAACCAGCCAGCUGACUACUGCAGUACUGACACUAUUGCGCAAGACAAUAGAAGUCUACACGGCAAUCAAUCAUUGAAUCCAUCACCCACUCUGAAGGAGCGACGGCCUCACCAGGAAAGCCGCCAAAAUUUGCUGUCAACCAGCCGGCAGUCAUUUACGACUGAGGCUCAGUGUCAUUCGACAGAGGGGCAAGACUGGUGCGACCGUAGUUCAAGAUUUGGCAGUUCUAAGAGUGAAGGCAGGCCGUUCAGGCCUCGAAAACAGAUGGACAGUGUCACUGAGUAUGAGAUGUCGAGGUCCGUACCCUUGCACAACAAAUAUUUCAGCCACGAAGUAUGA